AUGGCGGAUACGUCGGAGAUAGAAGAGGGAUUAUCGCAACUGCUCACGGAUUUAUUGCCUAUCUUCGAAGCUUCUGCAAGAGAACGGGCGAAAUUUCAUAAGCUUAAUGGCGACAAUGACUACCGGAAGUUCUUUUAUUACCUGCAAGUUGAGCUCGUGGUCCUUCGCUCCAAGCAUGGCUCAGAGGCCCUGGAUUUAGGCACUACGAGGCGAGCCCUAGCGCUCCUUAAUAGUAUCAUCACACAUAGUGUGGCAGAAACACGUGAGGAGCCGUAUUCUACUCUGCGAGCCAUAGAGAAUGGAGAAGUUUCAUGCGAUAGUGUUCUGGCAAUGCCAGCAAACUCAGAUGAGAUUUUGAUGGACCUCGAGGACUGUGGAACUUUAAAGGAUGAUAUUUCUAUACCUAUACUAACCUAUUCUUCUACUAUACGACAGCCUCCUGGGCGAGACAUCCGUCUCUCUGCAGACAAAUUGUACCAAGGUAUAUCCAACUGUUGGCCUUGCAUCUGCGGACUCGGUCACGAAGGCAUGCUAUAUCUUGCAACACAUCAUUCCGAGAGUAUCGGAGACGGUAUAACUUAUGAUUUUCUAUUUGGAACUUUAAAUCCUCGCCGAAAAUGGCAAGAGGCCAAAAUAUGUGUCAUCCAUUCUUCGGAUCCAGUCAGCUCACCAAUCCCUACUAUCGUUGUACAUCGUCCAAACAAGGUUCCGAAUGAUCUUAACCCUCAAUUCGGUCCUGCUAUCGAGUCUCUAUGUUCUGCUACGCCUUCUAACAACAAUGUAAAACUGAGCCUUGUUAUUGCUAAUGACGGCGUUUGGAAAGGUCGACCAGAACGUCACCAAUCGUUCGCCCGCUCUCUCCAGGUUAGGAUUUCUUUACGACAAGUGCUGGAACGGGAAUUGCUCACCCGCAAACGAACAAUCGCACAAGUACUCGCCGUAGUGCUUGCGAAUUCUGCCUUGCAGCUUUCGGGAACACCUUGGCUGCCCGCCAGCUGGGGCAUUGAUGACAUUUACUUCUUGGGGAGUGAAAAUAAUGCAAUAGCCCUUCGGCCUACAAUUUUGGCGCCUUUUGUUUCCGGGGAGGUAGACACCGAUGAAGUGAAUCUGACGCAACUUGAACUUGCAACCGAUCUUGGAAGCGAAUGCAUUCAUCCAAAUCGCCACAUACUCGCUCUUGGCAUUGUUCUUCUGGAACUCUUCUUCAAGACUCCUAUUCAAACAUUUAGGAUGCCUGAACAUUUGACAGCUACAGGUCAAGUUGACGCAAAUACGGACUACUGGGCCGCAACAAUGGCUUGGGAGCAGGAAGAUUGGGACGUACAUGAUCGAUACAAGGAGGCCGUUCGAUCAUGUUUGUAUUGGCCUGAGGACAGGGAGAGUAAUUUCGAUAGUCUCAGUCUUCACAAGAUACUGUAUAACGAGGUUGUACGAGAGUUGGAGGAGGAACUGGAGGCCUAUAAACUCACUGUUCCGAAAUUGGAUGCAUACCUACGGCCAUAUAAGCUUGCCGCGAACUUUUCUAGCCAGGAAGCUCAAUCUGUACAGCCAGUCACUAAUCACAGUCUAGCUGACAACAUGCUGGAGAGCCAGCUUGAAACUUCCAGUCAACACCACCACAGUCAUGAACUCCCUUGGCUAUCAUCUAAUUCCCAUGCAGGCUCUAUUAUACACUGUCAAGAGAACCAAUAUAGGCGGACGGUCUUUUCCUUCUUUGAUAACAAUGAACCCCGGCUAGGAUCGGCAGCACAUGCCGACGAUUGGUUCAGAUUAUAUCGUGCUAAGGUUCGGCCACUUCUCCCACACUAUUCAAGCCCCUCCGGUCGAGUCAAAAUUGCAAUAUUAGAUACAGGUAUUGAUUUGGGUGAGGAUGUUAUCUCCAGCCUCACUGAUCGCAUCAUCAAAAAUGAAAGCUUUCUGGUCGAUGACAAAUCUACAGAUGACUUGGAUGGCCACGGAACUCAUGUUGCCGGGCUCAUCCUCCGCGUGGCGCCAAAUUCAGAGCUCUACAUAGCCCGGAUUGCUAAAAAUCAAAGUCUUUUGGACAAAAUUUCUAUCGUCAAUGCGCUCAAAGAAGCGAUCAAUUGGGGAGUGGACAUUAUAAGCAUGUCAUUCGGAUUCACUGCGUAUAACCAAGAUCUGGAAGAACUGCAAGCUGUCAUCAAGGAAGUCUUCCGUCGGGAUAUUCUUAUGUUUUGUGCCGCGAGUAACAAUGGCGGCAAUGGAGAUAUCGCUUACCCUGCCGACCGGGACGAAGUCAUCUGUAUCAACGCAGCCGAUGGUGAAGGGAGCCCUUCUGGAUUCAACCCUGGUGAAGCAACGCUUAAUCGUAACUUCUGCGCCUUGGGGGAAAACGUUAAGUCAUCAUGGCCUACACGAUUCAAUCUUGGGGAUCAGAGAAAGUCGGGCACAUCCUUCGCCACACCGAUUGCAGCAAGCUUUGCGGCCAUCAUUUUGGGCUUUUGUGGAAAUCACAAGGAGUCCGCAAGCCAUGUUUUUGAAAUCUCUAAGCUCAAGACGCGGCAAGGCAUGAUGAAUGCCCUCAAAUUAAUGGGUCGGAAAAAGGGCAGCGGCUACUUGUGGCUAGACCCAGGGAAGCUGUUUGAUAGCUCACGUAGGGACAUUUUUGGGGACAUCAUUGCAGUUGCUAACAAGUAA